UUUUUCAAAGUCAAAAAAUCAAGUCUUCUAAUAAGAAAAAUUAAAUUAAAAUAGAAAAUGACGAUAAUUCGAUUAAUUAAUCGUGCUUCGAAGCUACUUAGACCUGCCUUAAUCCACAUUGAGACCUGUUCUCGGCAACAAAUUUGUAGAAAUGCGUCAAUUUUAGCAACUAAUUUUACGGAAAAAAGACCGAUAACCGGGAUAAAUUCUCAAUUGCAGACUCAAUUUGUGAGAAAUAAAAAAUCUAGUCAUAAAAAGCCACGAAGAGAUGACAGUAGUGAUGACGAGAGCGACGAGGAAGAAGAAGAAGAUUUAGUCCAAGAUAAACACUCGAAAACCAUGAAAGUUGUCGUUAAUUCGAUGCGAUUGGAUUUAAUUAUUAAAUCUGGACUUGGAUUAGCCCGAAACAAAGUCGAAGCUCUUUUUUACGAUUCAAGAAUCCGGGUAAACGGUCAAAAAGUUGAUAAAAAGAGCGCUCGAGUGGAUAUCGGAGACGAAAUUGACGUCAUUAAGGGCUUAAGUCACCAAAAUCCGGAGCAUUUGGUGAUUCAAAGAGUCGAAAUUCUGUCAGCUAAGCCAAAAGAAGAGCAAGAUGGGCUAAUCGUGAAGUUAAGACGCAAUAAAUCGCUGACAAUUGAGAAUUAUGAGGAUCCGUUCAAAGGAAAUGUUGAAGAAUAGAAGUUUUGAGAUUUAAUAAAGAGGCGUAGUUUUGCAAAAAUUUGAAGAUUUUCAGUCAGAAGAUGGAUUUUGUUAGUUAAAAAUGUUAAAAUUUCUGAUAAAACUUAAUUUUUUAAAAAUAUUUCAAACAAAAAUUGAUUUUAUAUUAAAAAUAGUUGAAUUUCGUUAAAAAAGUAGAAAUUAAGAUAGAAAUGGUGCAAUUUUUUGGCUAAAGUUGGCUA